AUGGCCGCACCGCCGGGGACGCCCCGGGGCCUCCCGCCCGUGGACGUGCCGCCACUGGAGGCCCGCCGCCUCAGCUCGCCCAGAGGCAUGUUCUACAGUGGGGCGCCGCCCGACCCGGCCGCGGGGGUCGCCCGCGACCUGUGGUACGAGCUCUUCAUGCGCCUGGACGACUACAGGGAGCAGGUGGGGAACAUGAUGUCGGAGGCGUCGGAGCAGCGGCGGUCGCUGGCGGCGGCCGCGGAAGAGCGCCACGGCGAGCUCCUCCAGAGAGUGGCCCAGGUGAGCUCCGAGGUUUCGGGCUUCAGGCCGCCCUCCCGCCAGCGGACAUCCGCCGCCAGCACGGCGCCGCACGAGGAGCGGGCAGCGGCCGGCGCUGAGGGUGACGGCGGCGGUGCGGCCGGCAGUCGCCAGGCCAUGAUCUCGCCCCACCCGAUCGCCAGCAUAUCGCCAGCAGAUCGACCCAGCACGAGGAGCUCCUGCGGCUCCCUCGUGGAGGCGCCGUCUGCGGAGCCGCCGCCGGGAGCCUGCACGGCCGAGGGCGGCACCGGCGGCGAGGCGGCCGUGCAGCCUGCCGCGGCCUCCUCUCGGGGGCAGCGUGGUGUCCGCUUUGCCCGCGGCUCGACCCUGCCGUUGCCGACGGCAGAGCAGGCGAUGGCAUGGCCCUCGUCCGAGCCCAGCGGCGACCUCACGCCCGGAUCUCCCGGCCUGCCGCCUGUGCCCCUCCCCCCGCCGCCGCUGGGCACGGAGUCGCUGGGAAGGACCAGGUCCAGCUACUACGACGUGCCGAUGAUCGACCCCAGCAAGCAGAGUCACACAUCAGGCAGAUGGGCAAAAGAUUGUGUGGCCUCGUGUUACGAGGCGUGGAUGAAUAUCAAGGAGCCAGAACGCACAGGCCUUCUUGCGAGCCUGGAGCGGCGGGGGCGUACACUGUUCGGCUUUAUUAUCUUCGCAAAUGCAUGCUGGAUGACUUGGUUUGUCGAUUAUCAGGCGAAGAACUUGGGCGAUGCCGAUGACUGGGCGUAUGAAGUCGAGAAGGCUUUCCUCAUUAUAUAUUGUCUAGAGCUCGCCCUAGCAAUUGCAGUGCAUAAGUAUUAUUUUUUCUGCAACGAUGACGCUGGUUGGAAUUGGUUAGAUUUCCUGAUCGUUUCCAUUGACGCCGUGCAGGCGGUACUGGCAAGUCGGGUCUCCGGGCAAUUCACCGUCGGGCGCGUCCUCAGAGCCCUGAAGAUCAUCCGGAUGACGACGGAGAAGUGCUGCAGCUCUGGGCGCCUCGUUGUGGAUGAGUUCUUCGACAUGGUAGUUGGCAGCCAUCUGCAUGCCUACUUGCACUCCAUUGGUAUCAGCGUGAAGGAGCUCAGAGAGUUUGCGGAGUUCGUUGGUGCAGACAAGAAGGGAUCAAUCAGCGUAGAUUCGUUGAUUCAUGGAUGCACCCUUGUACGAGGUAACGCCCGCAAUUUGGAUAUGCAGCGCGCCCUCCUCGACAUCAAGCGCAUCAGGCUUAACCAAGACUGGAUAGUCCGCGCUCUGAGUGCCCAGUGGGGUGUCGGGGUCACGUCUCAGAGGGAGCCUCACUCUCAAGUCUGGAACUCGAUGACCGAGUCACAGACGCUGGAGGAUGUCUAUUGGGAUAGUGAAGGCCAGUGA